AUGGGUAGCAGGCGUUUGAAACAUAUGCAAGCAGCUCCUCCAUCUUUGGAGGAGUUCCAAGCUAAGAAGGAGAGAAAUCAACAAAGGAAAGAAAAGAAGACAAAGAGACCUGCAGAUGGUGAGCGUUCUGAGGACAAGCGUGUGAAUAAGAAGGUGAAGAAGAGUAAAUCUAAGAAGAGCCAGGAAGAUGAGGAGGAAGCUGAACAGUUGAGCAAGUUGAAGGAAGCUGAAAAGGAUUUACCUGAAGUUGAUUUGAAGGAGUUGGCAGCAGCCAAGAAGACCUUGUUUGAUGACGAUGAGGAAGAUGAGGGUGAAGAUGAAGAUGAGGAUUUGAAGGAUGAGUUUGACUUGGAACAAGAAUAUGAGAAUGAUGAGGAUGAGGAUGUGCAAGAACGCCCAUUGUUUUCAGAUGAUGAGGACGCAGACAUUGAAGAUUUGAAUGCUGCUAACAUGGAAGCUUUGUCCAUGAAGUUGGACGAAGAGGCUCAGUUAGAACAAGAAGAAGCUGAAGCUGAAUUAGUUGAAGGUGACAAAAUGCAACCAAGAGCUGAGGUUUUGCCAACUCCUGAGCAAGAAGCUAUUGAGGCCCAAGGUCCUCCAGAUCUAACAGCUGUCAGAACACGUAUGAUUGAAAUUGUCAAGGUGUUGGAAGAUUUCAAGCAACUAGGAGCUGAAGGUAAGUCUAGAGCUGAAUAUGUUGAUAGAUUACUAAAGGAUAUAUGCCAAUACUUUGGUUACACACCAUUUUUGGCUGAGAAGUUGUUCAACCUCUUUUCGCCAGCUGAAGCUAUGGAAUUCUUUGAAGCUAACGAAAUCGCAAGACCUGUAACUAUCAGAACUAACACACUAAAAACAAGAAGAAGAGAUUUGGCUCAAACUUUAGUUAACCGUGGUGUCAACUUGCAGCCUAUUGGUACUUGGACCAAGGUUGGUUUGCAAAUCUUUGAUUCUCAAGUUCCAAUUGGUGCCACUCCAGAAUAUUUGGCUGGUCACUAUAUUCUACAAGCGGCUUCUUCCUUCCUUCCAGUCAUUGCAUUGGACCCUCAAGAAAACGAACGUAUUCUAGAUAUGGCUGCUGCUCCAGGUGGUAAGACUACUUAUAUCUCUGCCUUGAUGAAAAAUACUGGUUGUGUGUUUGCUAACGAUGCUAACAAGGCAAGAACUAAGUCUUUGAUUGCUAAUAUUCAUCGUCUAGGGUGCACCAACACCAUCGUAUGUAACUACGAUGCCCGUGAGUUCCCUAAGGUUAUUGGUGGUUUCGAUAGAAUUCUUCUUGAUGCGCCAUGUUCCGGUACAGGUGUUAUUGGUAAGGAUCAAAGUGUUAAAGUCUCUCGUACCGAGAAGGAUUUCAUGCAAAUCCCACAUCUACAGAAGCAACUUUUAUUGUCUGCUAUCGACUCUGUGGACUGUAAUUCUAAAACAGGUGGUGUCAUCGUGUAUUCUACAUGUUCUGUUGCCGUAGAAGAAAAUGAAGCUGUUGUAGAUUAUGCGCUAAGGAAGAGACCAAAUGUUAAAUUAGUCGAAACUAAAUUGGCUAUCGGUAAGGAAGGUUUCACCAGCUUUAGAGGUAAGACUUUCCACCCAAGUGUGAAAUUGACUAGAAGAUACUACCCACAUACCUAUAACGUUGAUGGUUUCUUUGUUGCCAAGUUCCAAAAGAUCGGUCCAUCUAAGUUUGAUGAUAACCAAGCCAGUGCAAAGGAAAAGGAAGCUGCUGCUAGACAAGAAGCUCUUGAAGAAGGUAUUAUCAAGGAUGAUUUCGCAAGCUUCGAUGAUGAAGAUGACAAGAAGUACAUUGAGAAAUCUAAGAAGGUCAGUCUUCUCAAGAAGGGUAUCAAUCCACACAGCAAAAAACCAGCUCACUCCAAAUCUGAUAAAGAGUAG